CUUCAUUUUCAAACAAGUGCGCACGUUCUUAUAUCGACCCCAGCAUUAUCAUCACAUUCAUCUUGACUAUAAUCUCUUGACUAUCUAACAACCUUCAAUAUCACGUUUAAUUCCCCCAAGAUGAAGACAGCAGAGAUACGCAAGCCCUAUACUGGGAACUCUCGGUCCCUUGUCGUGGCUUUGGACGUUGGAACGACUUUCAGUGGUGUUUCUUACGCGAUCCUAGAGCCUGGAGAGAUACCUAAAAUCCAUGGGGUGACCAGAUUUCCAGGUCAAGAACAUCAGGCAGGCAACAACAAGAUACCUACAUUACUCUACUACGAUAAGAAUGGACAAGUUAUGGCUGCAGGUGCUGAAGCAGAUACGUCGACUACACUUGAAAUGGCAGAGGACGAAGGAUGGCUCAAAGUAGAACUUUUUAAACUACGUUUACGACCCAGAACGAUGAAACUCAACACGAAUGGGAUGAAAUUCGAACCUCUACCUCCAGGGAAGACCGCUGUGCAUGUAUUCGGGGAUUUUCUUGGCUACCUUUUUCAAUGCACUCGUACUUUCGUUAUUGACACGCAUGCAAACGGAGCUUCACUAUGGAAAGCCGUGGAGGCGAACUUGCAAUUCGUAUUAUCGCAUCCUAAUGGCUGGGAAGGCGCGCAGCAAACCAAGAUGCGUCGGGCUGCUAUACACGGGGGAAUGAUUCCAGAUACGCAGGAAGGCAAAUCACGAAUAUACUUUGUUACUGAAGGAGAGGCGAGUUUACAUGCAUGUGUACUGAACGGACUCGCGUCCGAUGUACUCUCGGACGCAGCAAAAUCGAGUUUUCUGAUUGCUGAUGCGGGAGGUGGAACUCUGGACAUCAGCGCCUAUACGAUACGUUCACAGAACCCUCUCGUUAUCGAAGAAACGGCACCCCCGGAUUGUAUCUUUGCAGGCUCGGUCUUUGUCAGUCGGAGAGCGAGGAUUCUCUUUCAAGAGAAACUCAAGAACUCAAGAUAUGGAACUCCCGAUACCGUGGACCAUAUCACGAAACGAUUCGAUGAAACAACCAAGCGUCUAUUCCGUAACAAGAAGGACCCGCAAUUCAUACUUUUUGGUUCACCGCUAGACAAAGAUCCCUCAGUUGGCAUUCGUAGUGGGCAACUGAGAUUGUCUGGCGAAGAAGUUGCAGAGUUAUUUGAACCUUCCGUUCAAGCUGCUGUCUCUGCCGUAAGAGCACAGAUUGACGCGUCACAGGGCCUCAUUAAGUCGAUCUUUUUGGUGGGAGGUUACGCGGCAAGCGCGUGGUUGUUCACCCAACUACAAGAACGGUUAAAGCCACUCAAUGUUACUGUCAGCAGACCAGAUAGUCAAACGUCCAAAGCUGUUGCGGAUGGCGCGAUCGGGUUCUUUUGCGAUCACCAUGUAUCUGCUCGCAUGUCCAAAUUCAUGUAUGGGGUCGAGUACCUUCGGGAGUACAAGGCGGACGAGCCUGAACAUGUAAUGCGGAAAGACAGACUUACAGAGCUUCCUUCCGGCCCGCGACUCCUUCCGGAUGCUUUUGACUGCAUUUUGGCUCGGGGGGUCAAGGUUAAGGAGUCUACUGUCUUCACACGAAAAUAUUGCACAGAACUUACGAGCCUGUCGUUGCUUUCUGUGUUUGAGGUAGAAAUAUGGUGUUAUCGUGGAGGGAAAGACAUUCCGAAAUGGAUUCUCCGGAAUCACGAGGAAUUCUCCACACUUUGCUUAGUCCGUGCAGACCUGUCACCAUUGAGCGGGAGCGCAGAACCCAAGUCGGGCAAGCACGGAAGAACAUACUGGAACAUUGUGUUCUCGGUCGAAAUCCACUUCGGCCUCACCGAAUUCAAAGCACGAAUAAAAUGGAACGACAGCGGCACAAUUAAGUACGGUCCAGCAUCAAUCAUCUACAAUGAACGAGGACAUCGAACGGAUGAGGAGGAGCCUGAUGAGAUCACGGAAGAUGAGACUGCUCCGUCGCAAUCGACUAGAGCCCCAACCCGAACUCCCUCCAAGGACUCAUUCCACACACCCGGGAUAACUACUCCCUCAAGUAAACGUGCUUCCGUCAUAGGGCACCCAAGUACUCGACCGUCUACUGCCGUUCCUCCACCGGUUGAUACCCAAGUGAUUGGGAGAUCUCCAAGUCUUGUUUCGCCUCCAGAAGCUCACAGAGAGUUGGCCAGUGCCGUUAACGAAAGCCUACGAGGUCGUUCAAAGAAGAAAGAGAAGGCAAAUGUCCAGUCACCAAUAGUGAAUUCGCCCAGUAUAAGCACUCGCAGCUCUUCGAAGUUGGGAGAAGAUCUCACAUCAGUAUGGGGAUCGCGUGCUUCACCAGCGAAAAGUGCCAAGUCAUUGGCAGAAUCAAUCCGGUCUAAGCGCGCAACUCCUGCUGCUUCACCGAAAGCAGCAACAACUCCCACACCAACUCUACCACCCCCGGAGGCCUCUCAAACUCCCCUAGUAUCUGCAGCAUCCUCUCCUAUGUUUAACGAAGCACCUGUUAUCCCGACAGUGGAGCAUAUAAUCGAUAGCUCACUUACACCGCCUCCUCCACCAGCGCCUGUCGAUCCACCCGUUUCUGCACCUUCCGCGGUACCUGAGACGAUCUCAACCUCAGACCCACCGGCAAGCCCAAAAAUAGGCAUCAAGUCGCCCUUGAUCCCUAGAAAUAAUCCCUUGACUGCCGAGCCACAGCAGACAAUUGCUAAUCCUCCUUCCGUGAUAUCUUCGGACGUUAACACAGAUACUAUUACUCAGCCCAUUACUGCCUCCAGCCCCAUUUCCGAGGGGUUUUUAUCGUCAUUUGGAACUGGAAAGUUGUCGUCAGAGAUGGCUACCGGAGUUACCUCGUCAAUAUCAGAUGCGCUAGGCUCGUUUGGAUCUACUUUAGGAGCUUUUAGUUGGGGUGAGAGACCCUCGAAAGUGCCUACACCCGCAGGCACUCUGCCGAAUUCCCCGACAGGACCUUCAUCCUCAAAUCCUCCAACGAUUUCUCCCACAUCACAACCUCCACAACCUCCUUCUCCCAAAGCACUGCCACCGAAAGCUGGCGGGGCAGUGACGCCCAAUCCCGCAUCCCCGCCGAGAUCACCGACUUCACCGCUGCCACCCACAGAAGGGUACUUUCCUACCGCUCAAGAACCUCCGACAUCAUCGACAGAAGAAUCGACCGUGGUGAAGAUCGAGGAAACCGCUCCGUCCAAUCCAUCUCAGGAAACUACACAAACGGAGUUGACGCCACCAUCUGAACCAAACACUGACACAAUCUUGAAUCCUACCAAUCCGGAAGGAACCCCGAAGGCGUCAACUGCCACGAACAGCCCGAAAAUCGCAGAGUCAUCGCCCUCGGCGGAUGCUAUCGAACAAGCGCCUUUAACUUUAACUUCCACGGAAACAGUGCCUGUCGAUGUAAAUUCUCCUGAUCAAGUUAACGGAGCGAAUACCGAGGAAACCAACAACGAAGGAACACAACAGGAGGGAGACGUCGAUGGGGCUACAGCUGAAGCCACCAAAGACGAAAACGCGAAGAACGAUGAAGAGGGUAAGGCUGGUGACGGCGCAGGCGAGGAAGAGGAGGCUGAGGAGGCUGGGAAAGGCAAGAAGGGUGGGAAGAAGAAGCCGAAGAGAGGAAAGAAAAAAUAGGCUGAUGAUCCUUGGGGUGUUGCGCUGGCGAGGCGAGUGUUACCGAGGACCUUCAAUACGCCCCGAGAUUCUUGGGGAACCACUGAUUGAAUCCGGCCUUCAGAAUGGAAACGUGCCAUUGUAUUGUCGAAGGAAGGUCUAAUGUUAUCGUAGAAUAUCUUGUCAUUACUCCUUAAUAGGAUGGACUUCGUCCGUUGAAUGGAUCAUUUUUCUCGUGCGGGGUACCUCAU